AUGGCCCCGGCGGCGCAGGAGCAGUGGUACAUCAUGUACGCUGUUCCGGAUGUGUCGGAAGAUGUGAUGAAGCCCCAGAAAUUCCCCAACGCGACGUUCUCCUUCAACAAGGUUCCGCUACCUUCCCGCCUAUUCGUCGAGAGUAGCGUCGCCAGCCCCGCCGGAAGCGUCGAGUACCCCUACAUCGCGGCUGCCGACCGCAGCGGCCACCUUCUGCUAUGCGGUUACACCUCGUUCGGGCUCACCUUCUACAUUUGCGAUCCGCUUUUCCGCAUGACGAUGGGCAUCUUCCCCCACGACGGCGGCUUCAACUGCCACUACUGCGUUGGCCUCAUCCGCAAUCACAACCGCAGGCUUCUCAUGGUGGCCGAUCUCAACCCGUGCUUUUUCGAAGAAGAUGUCUUCUUCACGCUCUUCUGCACGGUCGACUUGUACUCGUGGGUCGAGAAGGAGCCCGACUGCUCGAAAAUCUUGGAUAAGCAACAGUGGCGCGGUGAUGGCGUUCUCACUCAUGAAGGUUUGCUCUGGUGGUUCGACUUCUCCUACUGUAUACUUGCCUGCGACCCCUUCCACGAUAAACCGGUGCUUCACCAAAUCAAGUUCCCGCAUGUACAACACGAGCUGCCCUUUGCACCGUCCACAAUCAACGGUGACAUACUCCGCUGCUUAAAGGUGAGCGAAGGCAGCCUGCGGUACGUGCAGAUCCAUGGCCCCAGACACGAACCGGUGGUCAGCAUGUGGACGCUGUCCUCCAACAAUCCGUCAGAGGCGCAAUGGAAGCCGACGCACGAAGUGAGGUUGGCUGAGAUCUGGAACCAUGAGACCUACAAAAGGACGCCGCUGCACGGGGAUGUGAUCCCCACUGUGGCGCUUGUCAACCCGAUGAAGGCACACGAGGUCUACUUCUUCCUGGACAAGCACAUCUUCUCUGUCAACCUGCAGAACAGUAGUGUGGUGCAGUAUGAGAAGUUUGAAGAUUCGGGGAUGCCGGACCUCUCCUCCCGCCUGGUCCAUGCUUGGCAGUUUCCACCGGAGCUCACCGAAUAUCAUCACUUGCCUGGAACCGAUGUGUUGGGUGCCACGGGGGUUUAUUUCCUGAAUCAAUAUGACUCAGUGGAGGAUUUCCAUGAAGAAGUGAUUGCUGCCACAGACAGGUGGUGUCCCGAAUUGCAUGAGAUGGGUCUGGAGGAACUUGAAGAUGGAGAUGAUGAUGCCUCUGAGAUGGGUGUGGAUCUUGAAGGGGAUGGAGAUGACUCUGAGACGAGUGGGGAUGACUCCGAGAUCAGUGAGGACGAUGUCGAAGAGGACGGAGAUGAAGACUGA